ACUGAAUGUUUUCCUACGUUUACUCAUACACGCAUUAGAAUGCACGAACAGACUUACAUCCAUAUCGUCAUCAUUAACAUAUCGAACCAGAGGCUACUGAAAAUGACAGAUUCAAUGAAAUUUGGUCCGGAAUGGUUGCGCAACAUGUCAGCUGAGCCCGCAGGCUCUCCCAGUACUUACAACAUCGGUACCGGAGGACCAAAUAGCUCAAUUGCAGCGCACAACCUCGGCAACAACACAGCAUCUGCCUCGCGUAAUCUGUUUCCAGAAUACCGGUAUGGACGUGAGGAAAUGCUGUCGUUGUUUGACCGGAACUGUUUGCUACCGCAGAUCCUACCUUCGUUUAAGAAACUUUUCGUGGAGAAGGUUCAAUACCCACUUGCCCUUACCCCAAGCUCCGAGGAGGACAACAACCAAAACCCUCUUGGAAAUAGCUCGCGUCCUGCCUGGUUGCAGCGCUCAUCCGGUGGAUUUAGUACUGCUUCCCGGGGCACAGGACGUGGUGGGACAGUCGAACGAGGCCGAAUGCGCGGUAAAUCUGUCUAUCAUCCUAUAUAUCAACGUCCAAGUGGUCUUUACGAUGAGGGUUUAUCUGUUAUAUCUAUCAAGGCCGAACGUACUUGGAAUGACCGGAACGGAACUGGAGAUUCAGCAAUUGCUAACACUCCUACUACUGGUGCAGGUGCCUUGGAUUGGAACGGCACUCCAAGUUCAAGUCCUCGAAAAGACUUUUCGAGUCAUCAUCGCAACAUGGAGAAUUGGAGACGAACUAGGAACGAAGACGGAUCUGGAGAUGGUCCAGUUGCCAGCGGCCCAGACAUUGCUGGUUGGCGAAGUGGUGCGGCGGGAAAUGCCACUGGUUUUGGUACAAACAGUCAUCGCUGGG